CGAUUCGCCGCUAGAUUCGUGAUUGUGUGACUCGAGUCGUCACUCGAUCGCAAACCAUCCCUAUUGCCUCGUAUCACAAACAACCCUUCCCGCAACUCCUAUCGAACGGGCCUCGCAUCUGCUCAUCCCUCGAUCGUCCUUCCAUCGCCCAGACUCUUGAGUUCUGACUGGCACGCAAGCCUCGCCCAGCCGGCCGGACCUAUGCGAAGCAGCUAACGCACACUCGUCAGGGGUCAAGCCUUUCAACAUUGCAAAAAGUAGGAGUAGUCGCCGAAGCUUACUUUUCGCCAGUACCCCUUCUUGUCCCUUGCGACGACACCUCGGCAACGCUCGUCUGAUCGAAUCUCACCGAGAUACGUAAGCAGACGCUACCUUCACAGUUCCUUCGCAAGCCGCCUGGAGCAUCUGAGCCGGGAUGGGUCAGAACGCGACCAGGCCAGUGAAUUUGGCAGGCGAGGCAGGCUCUUCCAGGGGCGGCCACUCGGGGCAAGGCUCCAGUGGAAGUGCCAGCGGGAGCAGAGAUCGAAGCUCAGCCUCUACAGAUCCAGCUUCGGUGGCCCAUCUGCCUCCCGUCAUCGUGGAUGGAGGUCACACCAUACCUCAGGGAGUCUACCCUGGUGCACCUCAAGAUUUUCAUCAUCAAAUUGUCAGAUCGCUCAUUAUUGCUCGCAAGCUCUGUCCCUUCUACCCCACGGUCGACGAUGACGAUGAAGGACAAGAUGGGAAUGGUGACUUUGCGACGGAAGAGGAUACAGUCGGGAGACCCGCCACGGAAUGUCCAAUCUGCUUUUUGACCUUUCCCGCAUCACUGAACAGAACGAGGUGCUGCGGGCAACCAAUCUGCACGGAAUGUUUCGUUCAAAUAAAGAGAGCAGAUGCCAACCAUACCAAUCCACCAUCUUCAGAGCCGGCCAGUUGUCCCUACUGCAUGACCAACGAAUUUGGAGUGGUAUACUCGCCUCGCAGCAAGCAGAGCUUGCCUACCAGUCCUUCGUCUCCUGGAUCCAGCGGCAUUCAGGGCUUCUCGGGCACAGAAGGUGCAGCCGGCUUGGCGGAGCUGGCGGCCGGUGGGAGCAGGGUCCCUACGCGAAGACGAAGUGCCAAGGCGACGGAUGCGGACGUCGUAACAGUGGACAUGGUCCGACCGGACUGGGAGGAAAAGCUGCAGUCAGCGCUCGCUGCGAUUGCUAGGAGGGCAAAUCGACGAAUCAUCAUGCGUCAAGUGGGCGACCGAUUGAUUCCCAUCGGCGUCUCUUCCUCUCGUAUGGGCGCCGAGUUGCCAGUUGGAGAUGGACCUGGAGGGGCCAUCAUUCUUCGCGAGGGCGAAAAUUGGGGUCAACAAGCGGGCACUCCGGGCAUGGAGAGGAGCAGCCGCAGAAGGAGGGGUCCAUUCGGACUGCCCGGUGAUGGGCCCGAUAUGGAAGAGCUGAUGAUGGCAGAAGCCAUGCGUCUAAGUUUGUUAGAGCACGAAGAACAACAAAGACGCCAAGCUGCCAGUUCUGUCGCAAGCACCUCUGCGGCACCUGCCUCGGCACCUGCAGCUUCAACUGCUUUCUCGAAUACGUCCGAAAGGACCGUUUCAGCUUUGCCAGCCUUACCCAGCUCUGCCAGUGUCCUCCACACGGAUUCUCCGCCGCGAACACAAACUGCCAGCAGCAGCUCGACACCUGCCACCAUACCCGCGCGAAGUCGUGCUGCUGGUGGUUCGAGUUUCUCUGAAGACGCGACGCCCUCCCCCGGCCCGGCUGCAAGGGUGACAACAAGUAGCUCGCCUUUAUCGACCAGCGCUGCUCUGAGCACGUCGACGAGCCGACCUGUGGACUUUGGCCUCACGCCUGGGAUGAUGGCGGAAUUGUCGGAACUCGUCGAGGGUGGAGACUCGAUCAGAACCCCCAGAAUCGAAGAGCGCCACAGCGAUGGCCAGCUGGACCCGCUGGCGCAAGAAAUUGAAGCUGCGAUCUCGCCUGGACCUUCCACGCCGGCGCAAAGCUCUCCAAGCCGGACGCGGAAAGCUUCAGCAGCAAAUUCUGCUGCUUCGCCUCCAAGGACUACAGCUCCUUUGAGCGGUGCCGUCACGCACACACAUGCUGAAGGUAGUCUGCAGCGAGCAGCACCAAUCGCAGCAGCUGCUCGCAACGCUGCGCAUUCGCGCAAUCCAUCCGCCAUCUCCGCCCCUGGCUCACAGCCGGGCUCCUAUGGCGCAAACAGUGCUGGCAGUACUCCCGCGCAUGGAUCACCAUCAAGACCACUCAACCCUAACAAUCCCUUCAGGCAAGCUCAUAGCCGCACAUCGUCCUCCAACCCAGCACAAGGUAGUCCACGAUGAGCGUCACGUUCGUUGGCGUCGUCACAAACGUAGUCCCGCUCCGCUUGGCUUAGCUGCGCGCUUCGCACAGGCAUUGUGUGCAAAGCGGCUCGUCGAUCUCAUCAUCUCCAUCUCAAUGCGCACCGAGGUGCUUCGCUUCUAUUCCUUGUUCGCGAAUUACCCUCCCCCUUUCCUCUCGUCUCUCUACACUUGCUAUAUCAGUAUCGGCCGUCACCUGUUCUCUUUGCCACAACCCUAACCAUUGCUGAGAGAUCGAGAAUGCACUUCUUUCUGACAUCGAGAUCGCACUUUUAUCACCCUGGAA